GUCUCCCUGGGCCCCUUGAAGACGGGUCGAGGCUCGAGGGGAGCCCAUGCUGGACGAGCCGCGGCGUCGGAGGGGCCGGGCCGUCCGACUACAAGUUCCGGCUGCUGGAGCCGGGGGAUUUCCAGAAGGGCAUCCUGACGGUGCUGGGGCAGCUCACCGACGUCGGGGGCAUCCAGGAGCUGGAGUUUCAAGAGGCCGCCAAGAGAGCCCCAUGGCAGCCCACGAGGGCCCAGGUUCGGUCCAAGAGCCACCCAAUACGGCCAAGGGGGGCCAGGUUACCCGAGGACUGCACUUCUGUAGUCCAAAGCCCAGUUAUCAAGGCAGCUGUGCACGCGGGUGCGCUAGCUCUGCACGUGGGUGCUUUCGCGAGCUCCCGCGUGCGCGCCUUGGGUUUGGGGGGCCCGCCCGCCCCCUUCCCCUCCCCCCUGGAAAGCCGGACCGUGUCGGUUGCGCAGAUCACACGUGGGGCUGCUCAAAGCGAAAAGGUCAGGUUAUCGGCCGGCACCUCCCCGCCUUCCCCCACCGGAUAACCCAGGUUACCGCCGACAAAUAUUCAAACAAAAAACCAUCUCAAGCCAGGGAGGACAGGUUCAUGGCGAUAUACGAGGUGCGGAUGAAGGCUGGCGGUGACUUUCGUAGUGGAGCACGUGGCGACAGGGAGGGUAGUCGGAACCGCGACCCUUCUGAUAGAGGCCAAGUUCACCCACGGGGGGUCCUUCGUGGGUCACGUGGAAGAUGUUGUAGUGGACAAGGAGCACCGCGGCCGAAGGCUGGCGCAGAGGCUGCUGCAGGACUGUCGGGACAUGGCCCGCGAGGCGGGCUGCUGCAAGGUGCUCCUAGACUGCAACGACGGGAACGUGGCCUUCUACGAGAAGUGCGGCUACCGGCGGUCCGAGAGGCAGAUGCGCCUCGACGUGCCCGCGGCGGACCCGCAGGCCCAGAGCGGCGCUGGCCCACCCUGAAAGCGGCGCUCGCCGCAGGCGCCGCCCCCUCCGCCGCCGCGCCCUCUCGGCGCUGGGCCAGCGUGUCGGCAACGAGGGGCGCGCGCGCGCGCGUUCGCGUGCGCGCCGCCGCGCGCGGCCGCCCCUCGCCGCUCGGGGGACAAAAGGUCCGCGGAUGGCUUGUGCGCACCGCGAGGGUUCUUCCCGUCGAGCUGCUGUUUUGUCGCGCCAUCCCAUGUCUCCAAACUUCUGGCGUUCCUCGGCACCUGCAAUGUCUUCCACCUCGAUGGACGGCAUCCUCGCGCUGGCCUUCACGAUCUGAGCCUGGGCAGGCCCCUUCUCUCGUGGCGCUCUUUUCCUUUUCGCCUCCGUGCCUCGAUUCGUCUCCGGUGCAUCUCGCCGUUUACUGACCAGCGUAACAAUGUAUUGGAACACGUGGCGCCCGCGG